GAUACAGACGAUUCAAGCACUACCAGAAGUAAAUUCUUCCGUAGUAAAAAGAAGACCCAUACAGUCGGCAGACAGCGAGGACCUGAAAGUGGCUGCCGAACUGAGAAACGACCGAGGAGAAGUAGAGCUCUUCAAAAGUUAGAGGUCAAUAGAGUAAGUACAAAAUCGAUUUGCGUGGAAACCUUAAGAAAAAUAAACAAAUGUAACUAAGGUUCUCAAAAAACCUUUGCUUCUCAGCUAUUGAAAGACUAUGGGGAAUCCAGUUGUUCGGGAGCUUGCGUUGAGCCCAUAAAAGACACUGACCUGUCUGAACUUUUGCCUGAAACGGAAGCACUCAUUAGAGAAAGAGAAUUUGUCGAUAUCGGUAUACAAUGUGAUCUGGAAUUUUAUUGGUUCGAUGUUCUACAAAAAUCUACGGCGAGUGUGGGUAAGACGAUAACUUUUUAAAACAAAUCUUAGCACAGUUUCUGCGCUUUGAAACCCUUCCCCAUUAUUGAGCGUGAUGGCUUUCUUCAUUACACAGACACACAAGUGGAAGUUGUUACAACUGAGGCCGAAGUCCAAUGUGAGAUCAUCAACCUACCGUCUGUACCCACAUGUUCUACGCCUUUGUGUAGUCCUGUUAAG